AUGCCCCUGCACGAAACUUGGUUGUCAGUGAUGGCACUGAGCGUCAGCCCCCUGCUCCUGCUGUUGAGCAUUAUCGACACACUCAUUUCAGCACAGAGACGAAGGAAGGACAGGAUGGUGUACGAGUUUGCUCCAACCGACUUAGGCCUAUUUCGCUGUCUCUCCUGUGUCGAUACUCGGCGCCUUUGUCACACUUGCAUAGUUGCUGGGCACAAAGGCUUGCCCCUGCAUAGAAUCGAGGUAACGACGCUUGCCCAACUCAGGCUUAACUUUGAACUGGGCCAUAAACACGGGACAUCGUGCCUCUUUCCCGCAAUCAUUCCAGAUUUUGUUGUUGUUGACAUAGAUGGCAUCCACAUGGUUAACAUGGCGUUUUGCAAUUGUACCCAAGGGAUCUUACAGCACAUUCAGCUACUUCAUCGAUGGCUGUUUCCCGUGACAACGAUAUACCCACAUACCGCUUUCACGUUUUGUGUGCUUCACUUCUUUCAACUUCUUUCAUUCAUGUCAAAGGUAUCCGCAUACGAGUUUUAUCACACAUUGGUUCGCUUGACCGAUAACUCUGGGAUGUACACACCUCCAGACCGCUACCAGGCUUUUCUUCGAGUCAUGCGAGAGUGGCGGCACAUUCGUGCUUUGAAACGAUUUGGGCGUGGGCACGAAUCGAGUGGUAUACAAGGCACUAAACAGGGUGAACUCGCUCUUCGUUGUCCUGCAUGCCCUCAACCAAGCAUCAACUUACCUCCAGAUUGGAACAAGAAUCUAGCUCCUCGCUGGUUGUACCGCUUGUUUUUGGCUAUAGAUGCAAAUUUCCGGCUCCAUCGACUGAACGUCUCUAGCAACGAAUCUGACCCGGGCCUCAAUCUCGGAUAUGCUUACUUCGUUGAAGAAACCGCUUUUCAUAGUCACCUUGAUACAUUCGGAAAGGCCAUUCCUGAGGAAGAAAAGAGUACGUGUAACAAUCACAAUGCCGUCAAGCUUGCAAAUAGUAGAGGUGGACACGGUGCCGCAGCAACAGAGGUUGGUGCUGUUGUCUGCGGACGACAUGAUAUGAAACGUCCUAUGUCAGUCGGAGACCUCCAGAAAGGCGAAAGAUAUCUCAAUAUGGACUACUUCGUUUUAUCAACCUUAUCAGACGACACGCCUCCUGAGUUGGUGAUAUCAUACGACAUUGCAUGUCAAUGGCAUAAGAAGUUUUUCACUUGA